UUGUGAACAAUGCGACAUAAGCGGGCGAAAUCAGACACAAAGAUCCUGUCGUCGAACCGUUUUCCUUCGACAUCUCCUUGGUAACACAUAUCAUGUUGUUAGUAAAUGAUAACCCUAGCGUCGUAGGUUUUCUCAAAAAUGGACUCUCCUGAAGAUAAUCGCAUUCCUCCCUCGACGACAUCGUCAUCAUCUCCUACUGUCCAAGAAUCCCCUUUCUUCAAUUACCUCAGAAAUCUCUCUCCUAUAAGGUCCGGAAAGACAGCAAGAUAUGUACAAGGAUUUACACAAACAAACUUCACUGUCCCUCCGCCGCCGGUGUUCACAUCACCCCGUGUAGAUCUUCAGCGAGAGACAAGUUUCAGAGAAGAAACAGACGCAGCAGGUCCUGAUAUUUACGGACAAGGCGAUACCCAUCUGAAGCCUGAGCCGAUUCAUUGCUUUCAAAAGGAAGACCAGCCUUGCAGUCCUUCAGGGUGCAUUGAUGAAUACCUGGCUGAUCCUGUGGAUAUGGAGGACACUACGAAAUCAUCUGAUCUCUGUGCACAGACAAGAAAUGAUGUUCCCAUGAUCUUUGAGAACAGGUUGAGUACCCAUGGAGAUACCAUCGACAAAGACGAUGAUCAUGUCGAUUCUCAUAUGUUUCAAGGCUCUUUCGCCGGAGCACAGGAUCAUGAGAAAUUUGAGCCUCAGGCUACAGAUGGUCAAGAUAACAAAGUUGGUGAUAGUUACCAGUCAAUUCCUCAAACUCUACAGAGCGUCAAGACACAUAAAGACUUUGGUGAGGAUUCAAGGUUAGCAUUGAAACAAUCAGCUAAGGAUGCUGAUCAGCAUCAACGUGGUAUACGGAGACAUCUUCAAUUUGGUGCCACAAUGUCUUGCAAGGAUACUGGUAAUGAGACUCAUGAUACUGCCAAUUCAACCCUAGCUGAAGGCCUUACAGACUUUGAGAGUUUGGUUUCAUAUCAAAUUGAACCAAGUGGGAUCUCCAACAGUUGGCAGGCAGGCACCCAUGCUCAGACUGUAAAUUUCCUGUUGUCUUCCUGUCCACCUCAGCCUGUUAUGUCAGUUGAAAGUUGUGGAAACCAUAAUGUAUCAGCUUGUUUUCCAUCUGAUUUAGAAUUGUCUGCAAGUGGCAUCAUCAGAUUAACCGACUCCAUGGGCUCAGAUUCAACUGCAACCCAGAAGUUUGUGGGCAAAGUGCAUGCACGCGAGGAGAAGCAGAUAGCUGUUAGAAAUCAUAGUUCAGCAUCUGUUGCUGGAGAAAUUUAUGCCCAAGUGGAAGAUGAUCAGCAGGAGACUCAAGCUGCUAAAGCAAUAGUUCCAUAUGAUGGGAGGACCCUUACUCCACAAAACACCAACAUGGUCGAAGAGUUAUACCAAGCGAGUCCUAAGCGAAAUAGGAAAAGGGCUAAAUGCAUCAACGAAGGUGAGGGUUGCAAACGUUGCAAUUGUAAGAGAUCAAAAUGCUUGAAACUUUAUUGUGAGUGCUUUGCAGCUGGAGUUUAUUGUCUGGAUAGCUGUGCAUGCACAAACUGCUUUAACAGGCCUGAAUACGAGGAUACAGUUCUUGAUACACGACAACAAAUUGAAACCCGUAAUCCGCUUGCUUUUGCUCCAAAGGUUGUUAAACAGGACACGGACUCUCCAGCAAAUAUUGUGGAGGAAGGGAACUGGACAACACCCUCAUCGGCCAGACACAAAAGAGGAUGCAAUUGCAAGAAGUCGAAAUGUCUUAAGAAAUACUGCGAAUGUUAUCAGGCAAGGGUUGGAUGUUCUAGUGGAUGUCGAUGUGAAGGUUGUAACAAUUCUUUUGGCAAAAAGACAGAAUCAAUAUUCAGAAGACCUGAAAAAUGGAGGAAUCCAUCUCAUGAACAACCGGACAAUCUCCAGACUCAAGAUGAUUUUGUCAAGGCAGGGAGAGCUCAUCAGAUCUCCUCAACAUGGGAAGAACUUGUUGAUAUGAGCCAUCUGACUCCAAUAUCACAUUCUCACUCAGCGGCAAUGGCAACUUCAGCUUCUCUCAGUAUAAGGGACAGUUCAAAAGUUUCUCAACCUCAACCAUAUCAGGAAAGCACUCUCCAGUCAUCUGCUGUUUACCUUCAUAGUCACCAUUCUCCCAUUAGUCCUACACCAAAAUUAUAUGGAAGUAAGAUCCUGUCUGAUAUUAGUUCAGACAACCAUCUCUAUGACAUAUUGGAGGAUGAUACACCUGAGUUACUCAAGAACACUUUGACCCCAACAAAAGCAGUGAAAAUUAGUUCACCGAAUCAGAAACGGGUGUCUCCUCCACAAAAUCGAUCACAAGAGGUGAGAUCAAGCACUUCGCAGGGGUUGCGAAGUGCGCGCAAAUUCGUUUUGCCGGCUGUGCCAUCUUUCCCUCCUCUCAGUCCAUAUAGCAAGUCAAGAGAUGGAACCCAAAAACGUAAUGGUGAUAGUAAAGAUGAUGAUAACAGCUGUCAGUGAGGGGGCAUAUCAGAAGUUGUGGACAUUCCAAGCAACUACUGAAAAGCUCGGCCAUUCCAAGCAACUCCUGAAAAGAUCGGCCAUUUUCUCCGAGACAUCUAAGAGGCAUCAUUCCUCGAUGACGCCGAAUUUUGGUCCAAUUCUUACGUUUAUAGCGUUAAGUUGAUUUUGUUGACUGUAUAGUUUGCACACGCAAUCGCUGGUUGCAAAUAAGAGUCGAUAGUACUUGGUAAAGCUCUUCUGAGCUUGUGUCUAUAGAAUGAAUGAAUUGCUAAUAUGGGUGGUUUCUCUUCCACCGUCUCCC